UAGGACCGAGGACAUUCUCUCCCUGGAAGUGAGAGAGGGAUCCGAGUCCCAGCGUGGAGCCGCCUGUUGCCAGGCAACCUGCAGACGCGGGCCUGGGCUAGCCAGAGCCUCUGCCGGGAACCGUCCCCUUCCAGCUCCUCCUGUCCGAAGCUGUCUCAGGGAGGGUUUCCUCGGUGGAAUUCCUCCAGUUUAUACAUUUUCCAGCCCUCGCACUCUGGAUUUAGUCUUUAUCCAGAUUGUUGGAUAUACCUUAUGAUACAUACGUGAACUUGAAUGGAUUUAGAGGUUAAAGGAGUUGCUGCUUCUCCUGCAAGUCAAGCUCAGGCAAUGUCUGGAAGGAAAAAGCCACUACAACAAGGAUGGACCUCCAAAUCAUGGGGAGUUGAGGAUCCUUGCCUACCUGUGGUCCCACGACUUGAUUUGGGAAGCCUUGUUGACUCUGAUGACGAGGAUGAUUUUUCACAUAUGCCACUUAGUAUAACGCAUAUUCAUUUUAACCCACCAAAUUCAUCUGCUUUUGGUUGGGUUACACCAUGCCAAAUACCAUAUACUCAGCACCAUCUAAAUGACCUGGAGCAGGACAUAAUACCUAAUAAUUUGCCAGCACCAACCGACAAAUAUAAACUAAAAUAUCAGCAAUACAAAACUGAAGUGAAAGAGGGACAUAAACAGUACAGUCAGAGAAAUACAGAAAAGACAAAGCCACAGAUCACACAUCAGCAGACACCCAGCAAGAAGAUAGAUGAAAAGUGUGUACAAGGUGCAGAAGCCGACACAGAUGACCUUACAACUCUGGAUAGGAAAGCCCUCUUACAGCAGGGAUAUGCAGACAACCCACCCAUCGCACAACGGAGCACAAGGAGAUCUGAUGCCGAAAUCGUGGCUGCAGAGAAGAAGAAGCAGACUGUCACGGAACAAGUGAUGACAGACCACUUAUCCAGGGCUGUAAUCAGUGAUCCAGAGCAAAAUGUAACCACUGAGAAACAAAGUGCGCAUAUCCUUCCAGAUUCAAAGAUGGCACCCCUUCGAGGGAGGAAAAGGACACUACAUGAGACAAAGAUAAAAACCCAUUCUACGCUAACUGAAAAUAUGCUUUCUCAUAAAGUACAAUUUGAUGGUAGGGUCAUAUCAAGAAAUGGACGUGAUGCUUGCAGAGAGCUGGUUGGGUUCUUUUUCACUCACGACCAGUCCCUUACAAUUUAUGAGUAUCGACAGUUUGGGAAAAAUAGAACAAAUGUGCUUCCUUUUAUUCAAAAAAACAUUUAUUGUCAUCAGCGUGGACGAAGAAAAGGAAAACAGUACCAACUUGGUGAUUUUUAUGUUGGGGCAAACUUGACAUUUUUGAGUUCUGAUCAUCCCGGACUUCCAGGAAGCAUAAAAGAAAACACCUUGCUUACACUUCGAAUCACAAAUGUCGAUCAGAUCGCUUUGCAUUCUCUCAAUUGCAGAACUGAUUCUGUGGAACACGAUGAUAUAACCAACCAAGAAGCCAAUGAUAGGCUGGUUUUCAAGGCCAUUCAAGAUGUGCUAAGAGAACAGCUACAUAAAAGAGGUGUUCGUAUUCUGACUAGAUUGGGAAAAUACCUUCGACAAGUGGACAAGGAAGGAAAUGGACUUUUAAAUAAGGCAGAUUUUAAGCAGGCUCUGGAAGUAUUUGACUUAGAAGUAUCUGAAAACGAUUUUGAGUCUCUGUGGCUAAUUCUAAAUGACAAUGACAAUGGCAAGGUUGAUUACGGAGAAUUCAAACGUGCCAUUAUUGGUGAAAUGAAUGAAUAUAGGAAGUCAUUUGUUCGAAAGGCUUUCAUGAAACUGGAUUUUAACAAAACAGGCAGUGUGUCUACGAUAGACAUAAAAAAAUGUUAUUGUGCAAAGAAGCAUCCUCAAGUAAUGUCAGGACAUUUCACAGAGGAAGAAAUCAAAUCAUCUUUCCUAGAAACAUUAAAAGAUGCCUGCAGCAAGUCUGAAGAAGUGUCAUAUGGUGAAUUUGAAGAUUACUAUGAAGGUCUAAGCAUAGGGAUAGUAGAUGAUGAAGAUUUUGUUCAUAUCUUACGUACUCCAUGGGGGAUUUAGUUUUUUAAAAUGAGUGUGUUAUCAGUGCUAAGCAUUUUAAAGGAGAGAUGAGUUGAAUGUAAAGUAUCAAACACUGGAAUAUAUUUUUCUAGGGCUCUCUUUACUGUUUGUUGUUUUCUCAAAAAAGUUGAGUCUGGAAAGAGAAACAUUCAGAAAGACAGAUGUAAGUGUCUGUGUAGGUUCAUACACAUGUACAAAUCCUUGUCUGUUUAUACGUUUAUAAAGAUCUCUCUUUUUUGACUUUUUUUUUUUUUUUUACUUAUCUUGAGUGUAUUUUAGAGUUCAUUUAAAAAAUUAGUCUUCACAGGAAAGAAACAUCUCUAUCAAGUGACAGGAGAACAGCUAUAUAGUAACCGAGUUUCUUGUCCAUUGUUUUUCUGCUCCCCAUUCCACAAAGUAUAAUUGCCACCAUUCUCCAUCUGAUGAAUUGGACUUGGACUCAAAGCCUGUGAGAAUGAAAUAGCUCAACUUGUUUCAACUAUCUGAACACAUUAAAUGAAUUAAAGGAUAUACAAGAGAAAUUUUGCAUGCAGUGUUACUAGAGAUGUUUUCUGCAACUUAACUAUUUAGAAUGAUGGAGAUUUACUCCUAAAAUGCUUAUUUAAACACUGACUUGUCUGGUGAAUUCUUGUCUUCUACAUCGUGUGCUGCCGUUUGUUCAAUAGAGCACAAUGUCAUUUUCUAGUGACCAGUUCUAUCUGUUCUUUUAUUCUGUUCUCAACUGCAAUUCUUAUUACCUGCACAGAAUUAUUGUUUAGCUAGAAACAGUACAAUAUGGAAAGGGAAAUGUUUUCUUAAAAUGUUAAAUAAAAUAAAGAUCUCUAAAAGUACACUAUCACUUAUAUGGACUAGGCGAUAAUUUAGUAAUUCUUCAUCAAAAUGUAAAAAGUUAAUUUGUAUCCUAAAAUGGUAUUCUAAAUAACACCUCUUUUUGGUUUACUAAAUAACCGAAACAUUUUCUUCUAAAUAGAUAUUAUUUAACAGUUAGAGGUGCUGUGAUCAUUCUUUCUAAAUUCUUCUGUGUUCCUCACUGCUCCUUGGAAAUACAGACAGAAUGGGAAACUUACAGAGUUGUUUUCAGGUUCAUAAUUUUUAAUUUAAAUAUUAAGAUAACAUGAAUUAGGAAAAAAAAAACAGUGUCAAGCCAAAUAAGAAGUGGUUCAAAAAUGAGACUAUAGACUUUGUGGAAUAUGAAUUUCAGCAUAUAACUUCAUUCAUCCAGACCCCUUGGCAACAUUAUCAGAAAUGAGGUAUGUGUGAACCAAAUGAAUUCAAAGUAGUACUUCUCCAAGAGUUGAGGAGGUAAUAAAAUUUAUUGCUGAAAUUUCAGAAGCAAAAUCUGUACAUUUUAGUGCUAUCUUCACUAGCUAAAUUCUUUAUGCCUUGGGGAUUUUUUUUUCCAAUUAGGUUAUUAUAAUGAAAACAAUAUGCUGGAAGGUUUUGACAGAAACAAGUCUAAAACACUAUUUCUGAGUCAUAUUCUUUUUCUUGGAAAAAUGUUUCCACCCACCUAUAAUCAUCUUAAAUUCUACAAAUUGUUUUUAUGUUAAAAUGACUAAUACCCUGGGUGUUCAAUAUGUAUGUAGUAUUUUUUACUGAUACAUUUUUACUUAGUUUUCCUUAACAAAUAUAUUCUUAAUACUGUCAUGUUUUCCAGUGACUAUAAUCAGAAAAUGUAUAGACUGUCAUAUUGUUUAAAAAAGAAAAAGGAGAUUCUUCUAGGAUUUAACAUAUUUGUAUGACCACGUAGUCUUAAAUAAACCUCCACCCUCUUAAUAUAAAUAUUCACAUGUAGUUAUUUAUAGGAAUUUUCUCUUUAGGAGUUUAAAAAGACUCUUUUGUAGUUAAUUUCUUAUUAUUUUAUACUGUUAUUUCCAUGUAAAGCUAGAAAAUGCAUAUUCAAUAUGUUAUUUGGCAUAUUUCAUUAAAUUAUAAUUGG